AUGUCGGCAACAGCCCCCGUGCACCACCGGACCAAGAAGCACGCCGCCCCCGACAGGACGCGCCCCACGCUAGCCCCAAUGACAACGACCACCACCAUCAAUACUAUCCACCACCGAGGCGGUGGCAGGAAACGUCUAAGACGGGCCGCGUGCGCCCCCGCGGGGGGCGGCAGCGGCAACCACCAGUCUGGCGGUAAGACCGGCGGCGACAGUGCUAUCAGCAGCAGCUGCUCAACGCUGCCACGGGUUCAUCGGGCGGUGAGAGUAGCGGCCGGCGUUCGAGACGGCCGGCGAAAAGUGGCGCCGCACGGCGCUACCGUGCCGGCUCUCCCGGUCGUCCCUGGGUACAAGGCCAUGGCGGCCGGGGGGACAGGCUGUGUGGAAACGAGGAAGAGGCCUCGGCGACGGCCGCGAAAAGGAAACGCUGCGGCCGAGAGAGGAAGGGGCAGGGUACAGUUAGACGGUGGUGCAACAACCUGCGCAACGGACGUGUUUGACGAAAUCUUGAAUACUGGAAAUGGCACAGCCGAUCCGUUGCCGACGUCUGGGGGCGACGGAGCCGGACUAGCCCUGAGGAUCUCGGGCGGGGAGGUGGGCUUUGGCCUGAAAGAUAGCGUUCUGCAGGAGUCAGUGGCAAACAUCCUACCGGGGGGUCCCCGGGAGCAGCACCAGCGUGAGGUGGAGGAAGAAGACAAGGAGGAAGCGGAGGCGGGCCGUGGGAGAGGGCAUCGGAGGUCCUGCCUCGCCGAAGAUGAAUUCCUCUCUACGGAAACCUUGGACUCGGUCUUUGCCGUACCGGAGAGUGGGGUCGGAAGUGGCGGAGGAGGGCGAGAGGCCAAUGCGCCCGAAGGACUGGGAGGCUUGUCGCCGGGGUGGAGCAGUCGCAGCAGUCGGCGAAGCAGCGAGGGGGGCGACAGUUCGAGCGGAUUCUUGAGCGACUCGGCGGCGAUCCGUGAUGGGAAGACCUUGCUGUCCGACGGACCAGUCGGCGACUGGGGCAAGGCACGCACGGACGGCGGGGUCACGAGUGACGCGGCAACGGCGGCAGCUGUUGAGACUGUAGUCGGGGGUAUCAUAACGGAAGCUAGAGAAAGGCACGCUGCAAGUUUCUCGCCUGGUGAGGUCGGUGCAGGGCAGGCCGAUCCUAACCAACAUACGAUCAAGACAACGUCGCCGACCGCAUUGCCAGAUGACACUUCCGAUAUGACCGACAACCAGAUGCCCAUCAACCAGCGGCAGCAGGAACAGGAACAUCAACAAAUCGUAGAGGAUGAGCUCACCGCGCAGUCGCCUACAUCCUCGUUAUCUUCUGUAGGUAGUGGCGAAUACGACGUGGCCGAGACAGAAACGGAGAUAGGGGUCGAAUCAGCUGACCUCCUGGAAGGUAGACGGCGGUAUAUAGCUGAUGAUGAUGACCAGAAAGGUGUCGGAGGCGGUGGCCUUGGCUCCUUCGAGUCCCAAUGAGAUUACCGCCCCCAACCCUUGAAGCGCUUACCGGUUGCUAGGCGUGCAAGCCUAUGUUACCGCCGAACGGGCGGACUUUUGAGUACUCGUCACGAGACUGCCCCUCGACAGCGAAAGCCGGUAGGACCUACUUAGCCGCCGAUGACUGACUCCAGUCUGUGGGUCUUGUCGUGAAAGGGGGUACGGGCGGCAUGGGAGCCCGUGCGAUGGCGACCGGGAGGAGAAAUUGACGAGAGACAGAGAGAGGAAGAUGGAGAAAGAGAGAUAGAAAGUAACAUUGUUGACAUGCCCCAGGAGCCUCAAACGCGGGUGUAGUCAACCGGCCAACUAGAGCCGGCCAACUGGCACCUCCGACGCUACAUCCGCACUACAUAUGCCUAGACUACACAGGCGUAAUUUCCCGCGAGAACAAGAGCAGCCAUCAAACACUGUCGGUCCCUCUGGUCUCGACUUGGGGCAUGUUAGCAACCCAACUCGACGGCAUAUGUCUAGCCCAUAUAUUCUCUACGAUACCAGCAACCCCACAAAAGGAAUGUUAUUCAUUCUGACCUGGUCUUUCUUUAAGCUCGUUCCGCUCCACCAGGGAAUGAGUGAGAGUAUGUUGUCCGUCGCAGGAAUACGGGAAAUAACUUUCAUCAAGCCAGAAAGUAAACGUUGACAAACUGUCCACGAUUCGAAAUCAUUACAGUACCACAGCGGUUAAUCAAGGGUGGGUGCAAACGUAGGCACGCCAAUUGUGCACUGCUGUACUGCAGUAAGAAUGAAGAUGAUCCAAGCAGCCGUCACUCGCGAGCAAUUCGCGCUGCGAUCGGCCCAUGAUCAUGUACUGUUGUUAUAGGAUUCAGAUGUGUAGACGGAACAUAGAAGAGCAUGGUUCCUUCUAGAAGGCGCGGAGAGAUGCAACUCUCCGCGGAAGGAUAAAACAAAGGGGACAGGAUCUAGUAGCCCCUGUUUGUACUGAGGAUCCUGCGCCCCUUGGUGUCAUUCCUACCGAUACCCAAGGCAACAGCUACUGCUGCUGCUAUUCUGCAAGAGUAAUAACAAGUGAGUUCUUCUCCACGGGUCAACCAGACUUCAUCACGCGUGUAUACCACCACACUUGGCGUUGUCGGCUUAUUCGUACGGUGUUGUCUUGGUUGGUUGUGUUUUGGCCUGUUUGGUGCUUCGAACUGCUGUGGCAGUUCUUGCGCUUCCGUCCCAACCACAGCUUAGCUUUGCCUCGCUUAUCGGUAUGUCUCAACCUAGCGUCGGCUCCUCGGACUCCGCUUCGGCGAGUCCUGAGCAUUCGGAACGUUCGCGUUCGCCAGCGUCAUCGCCCGGCGCAGCGACCUUCGGGUCACCAGCAGCUGGUUGUCAAACCACACAGCUGCUGCUGUCUUCGGACAGUGCCCGUGCCGCUGACCCUGUUGCUGAAGCCACUCGUUUGUCAGAGCUUCGCGCUCAACGCACACAAGAGAGGUUCGCCUCGCCGGCUUCGGCCGACGCUAACCCCGUGGGUGCUGUCCUCAAACCGCCAGCACCCACACCUGGAACUUCGGUUCCCGCCUCUGUACCUUUGGGUGUGCAACAGCAGUCCGUCUCGUCGGCUGCUGGUGAUGAGCUUUCUGAAUUCCCGCGUGCACCACAUGUAGACUCGCAUUUUCCUCUCGCUCCAUCCACCGUUGAGCACUCUGCUCUUGGGACAGACAUCGGUUUCGACCAUCAUGCUGGUCCUCUAGUACCGCCCUUGUCUAGUCAAUCGGCUUCUCGCAGCACGUUGCGAUUUGACUAUACAGUGCAGGCAAUCCCCCCUUUUUCUUCGCGUAGCGAUCGUGUACAAGCAGCGGCUCGCGCCCAACGGCUUCGUGACCGCCGUGCAUUUGCUUCAGUGACAUCACCGCUUGCAGAUUCCGCCGCAUCCAUACGUCUGUUCCCGUAGUUUCGACUACACGGGUGAUUUCGAUUGUUUCUGGUGCACUCCCUACAGUGGCUUCGGCUACCCCGGCCCUUUCGGUUGAUUCCAAUGCAUUUGAUUCCUUGGCUUCGUCCACACAGGCAAUUUCGUUUGCCUCCGAUGCUUUGGCUUCAGUAGUUUCGACUACAUAUGCGGUUUCGACUAGUUCUAAUGUGCAUGCUUCUGCGGGCUCGACUGCUGCAGGUGUAUUUGCCUCCAUCCCUUUAGCUCCGCCUCUACCCACAGCAGUUUCGACUGUCCGCGGUGCUUUUACCUCUGCAGCCCCACCUUUGCGUA